AUGGCAAUGGAUGUAUCGACGGUUGCAAUUGAUGUUGGACAAUUUCCUGAACAAGCUACCCUGCAAUCACUCAUUAGCAAAAUUAAACAUCACAAUUUGCUUGACUUGAAAAUACAACUUGGCACAUCACCAGCUAACGAAGUUAAGAAAGUAGUUUGGACUCUUGAUAAACCCGAAGAAUCAUCACUUCGUUCAUUCAUAAAUCUAUUCAAGUGCUUACGUAAUGAUGAUACGAAUUUUUCAUCGGAUGAUAAUACACAAUCAGAUGUCACAAAAAGCAACAAAUUGAUGCGUUCAAAAUCACUUCGAUCAGCGUUGCGUACACCUUCUACACCAAAUUUAGGAAUGCGAAAAACAGUGCAUUUCGCCGAUUCAUUUGGUUUGGAUCUUGUACAUCAGAAUUAUUAUGAAGCAGAUGAUUUCUCAGUCGAGUUGCAAAAAUUUGGUGCAACAUUUCCUCCAUUAUCUACCAAAAUUAUCAAACGUCCAAGAAAUGUUAUGCUAACCUUAGCAAAAUUUCACGAACGUACUGAUGCGGAAAUUGAUUAUUUAACACGCAAUCAAGCAGUUUGCUUAGAAUGUGUUAAAUUUGUUGAUAUGAAUAUCAUUGGUACCAUAAAUGUUCUUAAUAUUGCAUAUGAAAAGCAGGUAUAUAUCAGAUAUACUACAGAUAAUUGGAGAACAAAUAUCGAAACAGUUGGAAGAUACAAGAGUUCAGUUAGAAACGAUGACACUAUAGAUAAAUUCACAUUUAUCAUUUCACUUCCCACCGAUUUCCCGCUUGGUGCAACAUGUGAAUUUUGUAUACAUUACAUUGUUAAUGGUAUCACAUAUUGGGACAAUAAUAAAGGAGCCAAUUAUAUUGUUGAAGCAGUGGGGAAUAUCCCAAUCGAUAUGAAAUUGAUUGCAAAAACAUUUAAAUUAUCAAAAAAUACUCAUAAUCAACAGAUGAUAAAAGAUUAA